AUGUAUGAUUGUGAACCUGAUGAAGAUAGUGUUACACUAUUAUCCACAGAUGAACCAACUGAUACACAAGUUCAUUCUUCAAAUGUGAACAAAGAAACUUAUCGUGCUGGUCAAAUUGAACAGUUAUUAAGAAUGUCAAAAGUUUCACAAAAAUAUAUUGUUAUUAACAAUUCAUCUGAUUACAAAAAGUCCACCGCGUGGAACACGUUUGGAUUUCCAGCAAAAUCAAAACAAAAAGGAGAACAUGAAAUUAUUCCAGGUUUUGUUAGUUGUUUUCAUUGUUUCAAAACACUACAAUAUAAUGGCAGUACUAAGUAUAUGAUUAAACACCAAUGUUCUAAUGCAAAUUCAUCUGGUAUUGAAAAUCAUUCUGUACAACAAACGAUUGAUAAAUUCGUAGGAAAACAAAUUAUUGUUCACAAGCAUGAUCGAGAAAAACUUAAAGAAAAAAUCGUUUGCUGGUCUUGUUCAUCAAUUAGACCGUUUACUGUCGUAGAAGAUUCUGGUUUCAUCAACAUAAUGAAAGAAGCAAUUAUUCUUGGUUCAAAAUAUGGUGGUGAUUUAAAUAUUGAAAGUGUUAUUCCAACAGCAAAAACUGUUGCGAAUAAUGUUCGUCAUCUUGCUGAAGAUUAUCGACGUAAAUUAAAGUCGACUCUUAUUUGUCAAGCCGAAGCCAGAUGUUUAAACAUUAUUCCAGACCUCUGGUCUGACAAGCAUCGAAAAAUUAGCUAUAUUGGUUUAACAUGUGCAUUUGUGAAUACAUCAUGUCAAUUAAUAGUAAUUGAUUUGUGUUGUGGAGAAUACGACGACAUGGAUAAAACAGGUCGAAGUGUUUUUUUAGAUCUUGUUCAUUUGCUUGAAACAUUUCAAGAUGUUUUUAAAUUAAUUCAAACCGGUGAUCGUCCAACACUUCACAUGGUAUAUGUUGGUAUGAACAAGCUAAAAUUGCAUUUGGAUGGAAAAGAUAUUGAUACUAAUGGGGAUUUAAUAUUGAUAGAUGAUCGUCAUGAAGAUAAUUUUGUUUUAAAGUUAUGUUCACAUGAGUUUUGUUUUUUAGGUAUCGAUUUCUAUCGACAACGAAUUAAACAAUUGUUAUUCUUAAUGUUUCACUUUGAUAAGAAACACUUAGCUGCGGCACUUUUACAUCCUCAGUAUCGAAAAUUGUCGUUUAUUGAUGAUUAUAAGAGAAGCGAAACACACAUCUAUGUCCAACAAUUAAUAACUGAAUUACGCGAUUGUCAAUCAGGUCAACAACAAAUGGAGUCGAUAGCAGCAUCUUCAGAACCUUUAAAAAAGAAGCAUAAGACCAUCGAAGAGCAGUUUAUUGAUCCGGAAGAUGCUGAUAAUGAUACAUUUAGUUCAGAUUCAACUUCAACAAGAAACCAAGUAGAUGAACUCAAUAUUUAUUUAAAAAUGUCAAUAGAUGAUAAAUUUAAAGCACCAAAUCCUCUGCCAUUUUGGCACCAUUACCAGAAUAAACUACCGUGUCUAGCCAAACUGGCUAGACGAUUGUACUCGAUACCUGCAACUUCAGCAGAUGUGGAGCGGCAGUUCAGCGCUGUUGGAGUUCUUGUUAAUGAACGAAGAGCCUCAUUGAAUCCAGAUACAGUAGAAGAUGUUCUCUUUGUUCGUUCCAUACAAAAAGCAUUGAUGAAGAACCCUAAUUUGCUCUCAGAUAAUUGUUGA